CUCUCUUGAAGCAACGUCAGUGUACCCAUCCGGGAUUUGCAAUUUGCAGUUCUUUCAUGUACUGUUCUACUAACUUAAGUGACCUCUUUUAAAGCAUUCUCAUGGAUGUUACAAAUUACUACUGACUGAAGGCCAACGCAAUCCAAGAUAAGGAGAGGAAUCUAGGCCACGACGAGGUGCUAAGAACCAACCAACCAAAGAAAAUGAGGCGUCACGCAAAAUUCACUGUAGAAGAUCUUCACCUUGAAAAGCACAAUCCCCUCCAAGUUAAACAGGAGGAGGAGCCCGAGAUGCCAUACAUCGAACAGGAGGUGGCGCUAGAGACCAUCCACAUUAAAGAAGAAGAACAGGAAGAUGAAAUCCCCAAGUUUCCAGUGACUGUCAGAGUGAAGAGUGAAGAAAAUGAAGGUCCCAGUGGAACAGCGAAACAAUCGAGCGAUGGGUCGUUUCAAUAUCUGACAACAAAAGAAGAGGGACAAUCGCAACCGGACGGGCUGUUAGCUCCACUCUCGGACAGCGACGACAUAACGUCACACUCAUCUGACUUUAACACUGAUGAGGAGGAUGAUAACUUUGACAAAAAUACUUUGAAAUCCUUAAACAAGCCAUCUUUGAAAAGCGACACAAAAGACGACGCAGGUGGGAAACCUUUUCCUUGCUUACAUUGCGAUAAAACAUUUUCUUGGAAACAAAACUUAAAAAUACACAUGCGUACACACACUGAAGGGAAGUCUUUUGCCUGCUCCUUUUGCGGGAAAAGAUAUACUCGGAGGUUUGAGUUGACAAUACACACGCGGAAACACACUGGAGAAAAGCCUUUUACCUGCUCUGUUUGCCUUAAAAGAUUCUCUCGGAAAGCAGAACUCAACUAUCACACUAAAACACACACUGGAGAGAAGCCUUUUCCCUGCUCACUGUGCGAUAAAAGAUACUUCACAAAGGCAAAUUUAAACAUUCACACAAGAACACACACCAAACAGAAGCCCUUCGCUUGCACACUUUGUGAUAAAACAUUCUCUCAAAAGAACCAUUUAGACAAGCAUAUACGUGCACACAAUGGAGAAAAGCCUUUUGAAUGCACAUCUUGUGAUAAACGAUUUGCCGAUAAGGGAAAUCUGAAAAGACACUCAAGCAGACACACAGGAGAGAAGCCUUUCCCCUGCACAUUUUGCGAGAAAAGAUUUUCUCAGAAGACUCAUUUAGAAAAGCAUACGCGUAUACACACUGGAGAGAAGCCUUUUGUCUGCACAUGUUGUGGUAAAACAUUCACCCAAAAGGAAAGCUUAAUAAAACACACAAGCAUACACACUGGAGAGAAGCAUUUUGCCUGCUCACUUUGCAAUGAAAAAUUUUUUCAGAAGACUGAUAUAGUAAAGCAUAUGCGUACACACACUGACCUUUUGUCUACACAUAAUGUUGUAAAACAUUCACCAGUAAUCUGAUUAGUUUCCUUAGUGUCUGUUCGUUACUUUUUUGUUAUUGCCUCAUACUAUAUGUAGAAUGAAGAAUAUUGUCGUCAUGUACGAAGGGCAUUUUGAAAAGAAAAUGUUAGAAAGGUUCCCAUGAUGCGUUCGUUUCCAUGGUAUGUACUUGUUUGUACUUUGUGUUUUUGCAGUUAUCAUUAAAUCAUUUUUUGAG